AAGAGAAGCUGAUAAUUUGCACAGCUUUUUUUCAUUUUAGCAUACACUAAUAAAAAUAAACACAUCAUCAAUAUCAAUAAGAUUCUUUGAUAACAAUUAUACUUUAAACGAAACUGUGGGAAAGUGGAAUUAUUUUGUAGAAAAUUAUAUUUGAAAAACAUGAAGUAAAUGCAGUUGAACGAUUUUUAAUGGAGGAUAAAAAACGAUCAUACCAAAUUUGAUGAAAAUAGAGGGAGCGGUUUGGAAGUCUAUGCGGAUUAAGCCAUGGCAAAUAUUAAAGGACUGCGGAUUACCCAUUAUCUGUGCUUCUAUGACACCCUCGGACUUUCAUGACGGACGGCUCAGAGACUUUCUUCAAUAACUUCAAUAUUGAUACCGCAUGGUGAAUUGGUGAAACUUGGAAAGGGAAAAACAGUCUAAAAAUGAUGGAAUUUUCAAUGAAUUUAUGAGUGACGUCCGUGAAAUAUACGACGCCACGAAAACAACGCGUGUAGCUGCGUCCUAACAGUAGGUGAUUGUUGCUUCAAAGCAUCCACGUGCCGACUUUGAGCGCAUUGCGCAUUUGGCACGAGUAAUUUGUGACGAUGUAGAUGACUUUUCUCGCGACAGCAAGCAAUAUAGGAAUAACCGAAUAUGGCUGUAGCAAAUAUUGGCGAUUGUUCUAGCAAGUGUCCGCAGAUCAUGAUUGAGCACGAGUAACUCGUGUUACGUGAGAGAGUAACGCUCGAAUGCAAUAUAGUAAUAAAGGGUAACUUUAGACGGCCGUUACGACUAAUACGGAAUUCUCGGCUCCAGGAUGUGUUAUCCGAGCCGGGAAACAAGCAUUGAUGGAUUUCUGGCGGAGAUGGUGGAGAUACUUAACCGGCAUGACCGGAGCUCCCGCGCCGCCCCCGACCCCGACUGGCUGGAAAUCGUCGGCCACCCGACAAUCCCGCACGUGCAGUCCCUCCGCGCGCCGCCAGCCCAGGUGGCGCUGUCGGCGGACACGGAGCCGCUUGUCGGCCUCAUGAACCGGAAUGCGAGUCGCCGCUACCUUCAGAAGUUGCAAAAGGACCGGGAGCGGAACCAGGAAGUGCUGACCGCGUGCGUCGAUCACCUACCCAUUGUAAUAAGACAAAUGGUGGAGCCUGGGCAUUCGGCACAAAACGCGUCCAGACAGAAGGACGGCUUCCGGGCCAAACCGGUGCGGAGCCGCCGUAAUCGAGGCGACAUCUGGCAACCCAGCGGCGAACAAUGGGUGCAUUCGGAGCAUAUGGGUCCGCCGUCCUCAGGUGUCCCAGGAAGCCACCCUUCAGGUGCCUCUCGGUCACAGGUCGCAUCACAUCCGGGCGCAACCGCCCACCGGAAGCAGUCUACGUACACGUCCGACACCACUUCCGAAAGAGCUGCGUUGAAUCAGGAGUUUGUGCACUAUGCUGGGUUUCACGGAAGCAACGACAACGAAUCGAACAAUCUUAAAUACAGAUUCGGAAAACGAAAGCCUAAAUCCGCUGGGGAAGACAAUAAACCGUUCCACCCAAAAGGCUUUGGGGCGGUUUAUGACACCAUUGAGUUUGAAAGGCGCUAUAAAAAAGUGUUUGAUACAAAUCAGCAUGUUCAUUUUGUUCAUUCUAACUUUUUAAGUGGCCAGCGACUUUUUAAGCGUUCAAAAUUACCGCCAAUCGGUCAUAUUCCGUCAUCUGUCCACUCCGAGCCUCCCGAUACUCGGGACAUUUUUGCCAUCAUGUCGGUACAGCGUUUCAACCACCCAGUCGAAAGCGGUCAAUCGCGUGCGCCUGCCAGUUCGCCCGGCAGCGAGCGUAGAACUGUUCGCACCAAGGCCAAUUCUUCAAUCCUCAAAACGAAACCGUCACGUCAUUUAGAGAUUGCGCAGGAAGUACAGGUGCCUGUUGGGUUUGUGCCGGGGACAAUUAAACCCAGUGGGCACUCCCCAUUUGAUGGGGUCACCUACGAAUGGGCUAUGGGCGAGACUUUGACGCAAGACAACACACAUAGAUUUCAACUAUGGUCCAGAGAGGGCGACAGCGCUCUUGGGACGUUAACGGAGGAUGCGAGUCAGCCAGACGAGCACGCGUUAACCGGAAACAAGCUUUGGCCCUCGGCGAAAAGUAGACUUAUCCACCCAGGACACCCAGCAGGCGAUUCUAAAUCUCAAAGAUCAACGAAGCGACGCGAGGAACGGAAUUAUUCCCCAGCAACUGUAUCAGUUGAUCAAGAUCCAGAACCAUUUAACAUAUCCGUGCAUGUAAAUAUCAAGCCUAAAGACCCGGAUGCAAGUGGCGGCGACGAUAUCGAAAACGAACGCGCCCGUGAUCAAAGACAACCUGUUUUUCAAUUCCCUAGUUCCACUUAUGACGAAAAUCAAGAACUAGAAAACAGUCCGUCAGAGAAAGUGGUGUAUCCAACGAAAUUCUUAGAUCAGAUCUCAGAGGAAGAUGGAGAAACGGUUAUAUCUCCGAGGAAGAUUCAAACAUUAGUGAACCAGUACGGAUUUGUGAGCCAAAAAGUACAAUAUCCGGAUCGAUUCGUCAUUAAUGACUCCCUUGUCGAAGAUUCGGAAGAAGAGAACGAUGGUGUUUUCCCUUGCCCACCGAAAAUGGAAGCGACCUUUGGUGAACCGGAAGACUCUUUGGGUGAUAGAAUCGUUGAGAACGAAAAUGAACACGUCAGAAAUGAAAGUCCGCGUUCUCAAGAAGAUAGUUCGCAAGCUGAAAACGCACAUGAGGACGGCGACACGCCUGUCACGAUGAAGAAGACCAUACUUAUGCAUGCAAUCUAAGAUACAAAUGUUUAUGCAAAUAUUUUCCUUUUAUUUAGGUGACAAUUAAUCAAUUGCUAGAUUUUAAUUUCCGCCCGACCCCAUAUUUCCACCGCUCUUAAAAUUCAAUUGACUUAAAUAAAAGUAUUGAACUGGGCCCUAUAUUUGCCUAUCGGUCCGGUACUGUCCGGGUCGGUGUGAACAUUCACAUGUAAAAAAGGAGACUAAUUGUUACGAUAGUAUACGUGGUUCGUCUAGAAAGACAUGUAUAUAUAUGGUCCCUUUUGCAAUAAGAAAGAGAAUGAACACAUAUUCAACGGUGAAACAAUCAUCUAAGAAAAAUAAUAAAAAAUGUCAACCCCGCCCACAUUAUAAAAAAUGGAUGAAAAUCUAGCAAUAUUGGCCUUAGGUGAAGAUCAUAGUGAUUUUGAACAACAUGUACCAUUGACUUGCAACACUAUCGUCUUUACAUUCAUUCCAUAGACUUAUCAUGUGUAAUGCAUAUAACUGAUUAAUUCGUGCUAAAGCAGCUGUACUGUAUAUCAAUGAAAUUGAGUCCAUUGUCCGUUUUACAUUAACAUGUUGGAGGAAAUUGUUUUAUUUUCAUAUUCAUGUAUGACACCUCUUCAAAAGCUGUCUCCUUAACAUUGCACAAUGAUGAAAACAAGGUUUUCACAAAAAAGUCCACAAAAAAACGUACAAACCGGAGACGGCAGAGAAUG